CGAUUAGUCAUAUUUCUCGGUUCCGCGGCAUCGCCUCGCGGCCAACACGUCGUCGUCGUUCCUCCUGGGGUUAGUCAAGUGGUGCGGCGGGUCUUCCCGGGUUGGUCACGGUUUUUUUCCCCGGUGUCGGUCCGGGACGAUUGCAGCGCGCAGAGUGCGAAAAGUGACCACGCGAUCAACCGCAAGGAGGAAAGAAAAAAAAAUCGUCCCACCGGGUUUCCCUCGGGGAAGGUGCGGCUGACCUCUUCUCUUACGCUACUGCGGGAAAGUGUCGUGUGACAUGGAAUUCCUUUCGUGGGUGUGUAAUUGAUUGUGUGCAGUGCUGCAGCAAAGUAGUAAAGUGCCGGAUCAAUUCCCGGAGAAGUGGCGAAGGAAAAGCGAGUGGCCGCCACAAGUCGCAUUUUUUUUUUGAUUAGCUGUGUUUUAUGAUUUCCUUUCGGUCGAUGUGUUGAAAAUCAUCCGACGAGCCGAAAAGCAAGAGAGGGAGAGAGAGUGCCCCGGAAGAAAUUCCCCUCGCCGUUCCGUAGAAAUCCGUGAUUCCCCGUUGAUCCGCGGGGAAGUUCCCUGAAUUGAAUCCCAGUGACCCAAUCACACACAUCACACACUUGCAAGGAUGGAGCUGCUGCGGACCGUGUCGGACACGUUCUGGUCGACCCGGGUUUGGCUGCCGCCGAACGUCACCUGGGAGGACAUCCGGCCGGGCGUCCGGCCCGACGUCGAGUACGCCGACUAUCGGCACCUCGUUUGGCCGCUGCCGCUGGCCGCCAUCAUCUUCGUGAUAAGAAUAUUCGUCGAAAGAUACUGGAUCGCACCGAUUGGCAAGGCGAUCGGAAUCAAAAGCACAGGUCCGAAGCCCCCCAUCCCGAACAAACUGCUGGAGACGACGUACAGCGCCAACAGUCGGCUCAACCACAAAAUGAUCGUGAAACUGACCAAGCAGACGGAACUCAGUGAGCGACAGAUCGAGCGAUGGUGGCGCCGCCGGAGAGCCCAGGACAAGCCGACGACGCUGGUCAAGUUCUGCGAAAACUCGUGGCGAUGCAUCUACUACACGUACAGCUUCAUCUUCGGCUGCAUCGUAAUGUGGGACAAACCGUGGCUGUGGGACCUCAAGCAGUGCUGGUACGGCUACCCGCAUCAAUCCGUAACGAACGACAUCUGGUGGUACUACAUGAUCUCGAUGGCCUUCUACUGGUCCCUGACGGCGUCCCAGUUUGUCGACGUCAAGCGGAAGGACUUUUGGCAGAUGUUCACCCACCACAUGAUCACGAUCCUGCUGAUGGCACUCAGUUGGGUGUGCAACCUGCACCGGGUGGGAUCGCUGGUGCUGCUCGUCCACGACUGCGCCGACAUCUUCCUGGAGGCCGCCAAGAUCACCAAGUACGCCCAGUAUCAAAAGGUGUGCGACACCAUCUUCGCCGUGUUCACGGUGGUGUGGAUCGUGACGCGGCUCGUCCUCUACCCGCGCAUCAUCUACAGCACGUCGGUGGAGGCGCCGAGCAUACUGCCGAUGUUCCCCGCGUACUACAUCUUCAACACGCUGCUGAUUCUGCUGCUGGUGCUGCACAUCGGGUGGACCUACCUGAUCAUCCAGAUCGCGAUCAAGGCGAUCAAGUCGGGACAGAUGGAGGGCGACGUCCGGUCGAGCUCGAGCGACGAACUGUCGGACAGUUCGGAGAACGCGCGCCCGAUCGUGGCCUCCAACGGCGGAACCCCAAAGAAGCAGGCGACAACGCAGUCCCCGAGUAAAAAAGCAUCCAACCAGUCAUCACCCAAGAAGAAGUAAUCCCACACGCGGUAAGCUGUUGAACGGUAUAAUCAGUAGUGUUUGAGCGAGGUUCGUGUGCGAGGUUGGUGAAAUUUACUAAUUCUUGUAAUGAUUUGAAGAGAAAGAGAGCUAGAGAGAGAGAGAGAGUGGGGGAAUAAGGCGCGUAAGUAAAUGUCUAAACUGCUGCUGAGAAUAUUUUAAGAAAACGUCUUUUGCUAUGGAUAUAUUUAUUAAUUUAAUAAAUGAGUGGACAAACGACAAACCAAGAAAUGGGGAAAAUGAGAACAUUCGUUACCUAUUCGUUUAAACUAGAAAGAUGCAAAGUAAACGGGAAACAGUAAAAUCACACAAACCAAUACAACAAGUGUCCUAGACGAUAUUAAAGAGUAUAUUAAAGAGUAAAAAAAAACAAUUGCUUUCUUUUCACAACAUUCCCAGUCCUGAAAGAUAGUGUUCGCUUAAAAAAAACAAACAAACAAACUGGUGCAAGCAAUUUAAGAGUUUAAAAAUAUCAAUCGCAUUCUGUACCAUUACUUGUUGAGAAAUAAUACUCUUGGGACAAAAUUUUAGGGAAUAAAAUAAAGCAUAAAUUUCACACCAACUUCUGUUCAGCACCACCCUAACUUUUAAGUAAGAGUGAAAAUUACACAAACUUGAACGUUUAAAAAAUAUGUACCAAACAAUCAAGCUUUUGAGUGUUUACUAUUAGCUAUUAGAUUCGAUGUUUAAAACAUUCAAAAUGCGCCUUCCGUUACUAAACAUUUCAGAAAAUUCUUUUUCUCUUUUACUCUCACCCGCGAAUGCCUUUUUCCUUAAUGAGAAUAAUCACAAGUUUUUUUUUUGUUUUGUUAAACUCUAAAUAUCAGAGCUACGUCAUUGAUAUAUGUUUGUUUUAUCUUCCAAAGAGAGUAAUCAUGCUAGAACCAGAUAAGAUAAGACAUAUACCACACAAUAAGUGCAGAAAGAAGGUGAAAGAGAGGGAGAGAAAACAAUAGUUAAACCAAUUGCGUUAAAUUAGGCUUAAGAGACAGAGCGAGCGAGAGGACUCCCCUGGAAAACCUUAUUUUUUGUGGUUCCAUCCUAGUGACUAGAGCAAGAAGAAAAAGGAGGAGAAAAACUAAAGCUAGAUUUACGCAUUAUCGUAAGUGUUAGGUCAAACUUUAAAAAACGGAAAGCGUAACGAGAAGUCGACUAAAAGUGCGUGGAAAUCAAAAGUUUUAUCGCGCUUCGCGCGGCUUGGCUUAAAAUUUUCAUUUUGUUUCUGUUGGUGUUUGACAAUGUUUGACUUGGGUGGGAAGAGGUGAUUAGAAUUAUCUCUUUAUUUUUGUAGUAAUACAAACACACGCGUAAACACCACAUUACACAACCAACCAACCAAGUAUAUAUAUUUGAAGCAAUCGUGUUUUUUUCUUGUCUGUAAAUGAUAAUUUAUCGUAACGUUUAAAGUGUAAGGCCGAGAGUCAAAUCGAACGUCGUCGUCGUCGUGGAAAGAUUUCAGUGAAAUAAAGAAAAAAAAAAAUACAGCUAAACAGAAGAAAACAACUGCGGAUAAGCAAUUACUGUGGAAGUUGAUUCACGAAAUAAAUUGUAUAACAGAAA